AAGAGGGCUUUCAGUGGAACAGGUACCUUCUACAACCCCUCUACCGGUCCCGGAGCAUGUGGCAAGACUUUCCAAAAGUCGGACCCCAUCGUAGCGGUCAACACCGCCCAAUUCGACCUGUCGCUCUGUUACACUUGGAUCACCGUCACCGCCAAUGGCAAAAGUGUCCAGGCAGAGAUUACUGAUUCGUGCCCAUCGUGCUCCUACGGCGACCUGGACUUCUCGCCCGCAGUCUUCGAUCAAUUUGCCACUCCUGAUCAGGGAGUCUUCCAAAUGUCUUGG